CUUUCGCUGGGCAGGAAAUGAGUGCUUUCAAAUGAAGUCCUAUUAUGGUACACGGAAACAUCAAUUUGUCACGAGACACUUGUUGAACUUCGGAAGUCUUUCAUUUGAUAGCCAAAGAUUGAUUUAUCGAAAGAACGAGCAAAUUUGCGAGGCGCAAUCUAGUUGGUUACGACGAGUUAUGAAAUGGCGUCGAUGUUUGCCAGAGACCGAGGUUAUGAUGAGGAACUUUUUGAACUUCCUGUUAGCGAUAAUUUCAAAUGCUCCAUCUGUCUCAACGUCUUGAAAAACCCGAAGAGUUGUGGCAGGAAUCAGCAUUACUUCUGCUUCGGCUGCAUCGGUCAACAUCUUGAGAAUUCUCACACAUGCCCAGAAUGCAUGGAGGUACUGACACCUGAGACGCUGAUGCAACCUCCGAGAUUGCUGCUGAAUUGUAUCUCAGAGUUGAGAAUCAAAUGUGGCUUCAACGAGCGUGGUUGUCCUGAAUUUGUUCAGCUCGCCAGGCUUCAAAAUCACGAGGAUGAGUGCGAGUAUGGACCAGCGACUUGUGGAAAUGAAGGCUGUGGCGCGGAGAUCAAUAAAAGAGAUAAACUUCACCAUGAAACUGAACUGUGCGAGUUUAGGAAGGUGGAGUGUGAUGGCUGCGCGGAAUUGAAGAAAGAGAUGAAGAAGGUGAAAGAAAAUAUGGAAAAACAGAUAGAGAAGUUAAAACAAGAUCAGGUACAGUCAAACAAGGAUGCUGAAGAACGGAUUGGCAAGUUGAAACGCGAUCAAGAAACGGCUGAGAGAAAUGCCAAAGAGUUGGAUGGAAAAAUGGCAGCUCUGGUGGAACGAAUGAAAGAAGGUGUUAAAGAUAUGCUGGUGGGCAAUCUCGACGCGAAAGUAGAGAGUAUUUUCAAUGAUCCCCAAAGUUCACAAAAUACCCAAGGUUCAAACCAACAACAUGGUCCACCAAUCAGCCAUGACGUUAUCAUCAUGGGCGGUUGUAGCUUUGAUGAGAAAAUCACGAAUUCUGUAGAGAAGUUCUGCUGUAAAGAGGGAAAAUGGAUUGAGCUGGCACCGAUGAUCGUUCCGCGUUCUGAUGCUUCAUCUGUCGUCUUCGAAAAUCAAGUUAUCGUCAGCGGUGGAAACAUUCCUAGUGAAAAAGAUCCGGUACCCACUGACAGUAUUGAGAUUUUACAUCUUGAUCAGCUUUCUGCGACGUGGGUAAUGUCAGAUGCCAAACUUCCAGUUCCGAUGUCAGAGCAUCAAACCUUUGUUUAUAAAGGAAGGCUGAUACUCGUUCGUUUCUGCGAGAAUAAAUCGGAAAACUUCGUAUGCCAGCUAUUCGAGAUGUCCCUCAUCCCUCCUUAUGCUAAAAAGCAAUUGUGCAUCCUACCCUACACGAGGACUCUAUUUCACAACACCCCGUACAAAGCGGAACUUCUCGACGACAAAUUGUUCAUAUUUGGAGGACAACCGCCAGAUUACGACAGCAUCUUUUUUUACGACCUCGUUAAAAAGGACUGCUGGAAUAUGCCCAGGUUGCCAUUCACAAGAUCAGGUCAGGCAAUGGUGCCGAUAGGGAAGAAGAUUAUGGUACUCGGUGGAGGAAGGUUCUUUCGUGAAGGCAGAAUGUCAACUCAUAAAGUGAUAAACGAUGUUCAAAUGUACGACACGGAGACUGGGGAAAGCGUUGAGCUGCCCGGUAUGAUUCACGAGAGAAAGUAUUUAUCAGCCGUCCUGGUAGAUGGUGUGGUUAUCGUAAUGGGUGGUUAUUACAACUCCGUGGAGUUCUACGAUUUUCGCUCGAACGCAUGGCAAGCUGCUCGAGCUAUGAAGAAGAUGAGAACCAAAGCAACCGCUGUGGUUUCGCCGCUUUGA